AUGAACGAACUCACCUGCGACACUCAAAUUAUGUUGCUACCUCCUAUCUUUUUGGAGUUAAAUUCUACGGCGAUUCCUACGGCGCCGCUUUUGUCUCCGAGUUGGGUCUAUCCUCUCUCGAUCUCUCUCUGCAGUUUCCUUCUUGAAGCGGCAGUAAAGGUCGAUGAUGAAGAGAAGUUCAAAAUCUUACACUCGAUUGUGUAUACGACAAGAUUGGAUGAAAUGAAUAUUUUUAGUAAAGUUAGAAGCACCAAGGAUACUGAUGCGGUAUUUGAAGCCAUAAUUAAAGAGAGUAAACCCAAUAUAAACAGAAAACGGGUAAGAAGUAAUUCAAUGGAUGCCAAUGAACGACUCUCAGCAUAUGAAGAUUUAUCAUUACGUAUAAAUUUUGUGAAUAAAAAAGCUCGUGUAAAUCGACAUGAUAAAAAUCUUCUACGGUUAUGUAAACCUGUAAGAGUUGUGGUUGAAAAAUUAAAAAUAAUCUCAAAUAAGGAUAUAACAGAAAACACAAAAUAUCGAACACUUAUACCAUUUUUCAGAAUAAACACCAGGCAUAAAAUUAACAUACUAUAUGAUCUGCAAAAUAACGAAAUCGAUGUUUAUUUUCUGGAUAGUUUCUUGUCCUUGAAGGAAUAUGUCAGGCUUCAAAACAUACAAUCUUUUAAAAGUGCACUCAAAGAAUUAGCGAGAUCACAUGAAAAUAUUUUGACAAGGUAUUUUUGUUGCUGGUAUGCAAGAAAAAACUGGUUAGAUAGAUUUCGACACAGUCAUGGCCUCGAAACUCCAAGAAAUAAUGAUGCUCUAAACUUUAUGAGAAAAACACACAAGUGCUCCAUUAAUAAUUGCCUUUGUUGCUGUUCUACUAAAUUAGUUUUAUCAAAUGAAAACUAUACAAAGAACAAAGUAAACCGGUCGGAAAACCCCCGCGAUUGGUACAACAAAAUGACAGAAAGAACAGAUUUAAUGAAUACACCUAUAGUAAAAUCUUUUAAAAACAAUAAUACAAGUUUAGGAACGUCAAAUAUUAAUUGGAACAUUAAACAUGAAUCAUCAUCAUCUUGUAAUUCAGAAAACAUUCAUAUAAAUUCUAAAAACCAACUACCAACAAACUUAUUACAAAACUUAUGUUGUUGGUAUAAACAGGAAGAAGUUGCUGGUCGUUUCUUAGCAGAUGGUGGUUUUAAGGGUAUAAUCAAUUUCAUGAGACGACCCCAUCUUUGUUCCAUUAUGGACUGUAAGUGCUGUUGUAAACCUAAAAAAACUCAAAUGACUAAAUUGUCGCAUUUUGAUAUACCUGUUAGACAUACCAAUAAUUUUACCAAAUACAUUGAUGUUAAAUUUUUAAACAAUCAGACCAAACCUCUCAACACACGAGGGACCAAACCAAACGCCUAUAGAUCUAGUUUCGUCGAUAAAAGUAAACCAGAACCCGUCGGUGCAAGCAAGCCUAAUCCUACUGAUACAAGAAUUUCCAAUUUCGUCAAUGUAAGCAGAUCUAAUCUCGUGACUGAGAGCAGACCCAACAUAAUCAAUGUAAACAGACCCAGCAUCACCAAUGUGGCUGGACCCAACAUCGCCAAUGUGACCAGACCCAACAUUGCCAAUGUGACCAGACCCAACAUUGCCAAUGUGACCAGACCCAACAUUGCCAAUGUGACCAGACCCAACAUCGCCAAUGUGACCAGACCUAACAUUGCCAAUGUGACCAGACCCAACAUUGCCAAUGUGACCAGACCUAACAUCGUCAAUGUGACCAGACCCAGCAUUGCCAAUGUGACUAGACCUAACAUCGUCAAUGUGACCAGACCCAGCAUUGCCAAUGUGACCAGACCUAACAUCGUCAAUGUGACCAGACCCAGCAUUGCCAAUGUGACCAGACCUAACAUCGUCAAUGUGACCAGACCCAGCAUUGCCAAUGUGACUAGACCUAACAUCGUCAAUGUGACCAGACCCAGCAUUGCCAAUGUGACUAGACCUAACAUCGUCAAUGUGACCAGACCCAGCAUUGCCAAUGUGACUAGACCUAACAUCGUCAAUGUGACCAGACCCAGCAUCGCCAAUGUGAUCAGACCUAACAUCGCCAAUGUGACCAGACCCAGCAUUGCCAAUGUGACUAGACCUAACAUCGUCAAUGUGACCAGACCCAGCAUCGCCAAUGUGAUCAGACCUAACAUCGCCAAUGUGACCAGACCCAGCAUUGCCAAUGUGACUCAACCCAACACCGUCAAUGUGACUCAACCCAACACCGUCAAUGUGAUCAGACGCGACAUUGUCAAUGUGAACACAUCCAAUAUCGUCAACGUGAACAUACCCGAUUUCAUCAAAUCGAGCAAUUCCAAACAUGAAACAAAUUCAAAGAAAAAUAACGACAUUUGCCUAGUUACGUUUUCAAUUUCUCUAACUGCAUUUCAAUAUAUGCUACAACACAAAAAAGAAGCUCCUCUUGAAGAAAUUUUAAAUUUAAUUAUGAAAAAACGACCAACUAAAGAACAUAAAUUGGACAAAUUUGUGAAUUUUAUUAUUAACACGUCACAUUUUCCGUAUGCAGUUGCUAUUGAAAAGAUAGAUAUGGAUAGUUUAACUACAAAAGAAUUACUAAUUUUAGAUAUGAUUUUUAAUGCAAUUGAAACUUUCUCUAAACAAUCAAGUGCUAAAUUGAAAGCUCAAACUUCAAAACUAUUUUGUACUAAAGAAACGCAAACGAUCGAAACACAUACUGAAAAAAAGGAUAUGUCAUCACUAAAUGAGGUACUCAGGGCUACAUCAUUUUUACGAAGUCAUCAGUUCGCGACUAGCUUAGAAGAUCACCUUCGACAUCUAAGGCUACCUAAGAAUCUACAAUUAGAUUGUUUUUUGAACGACAGAAAUGAUCCUUAUAAACCUGUGUACAGAAAAGAGAGGCGAUAA